AAGGCAAGCUUUGUUUCAAGGAAUACCAAAAAUUUCCAAGAGUAAAUUUUAUCAUUUUGAUAAUUUUUUAUUCUCUUGUGUCAAGCAAGAAUAAAAAAAUAUUGCUUAUCAAUUGCAAACUAUAUUCACGAUUCUUCCCUUGCUAGAUAUUUUCUUUAGUUGAGGUAUCCCAAAGAAAAACAGUAAGUGUAGUUGUCUACACUAUUUUUACUAACCAAGAUUUUAUUUAAACAACGCACUUCCUUAGAUUUAAAAAAUUGUUAGAGUUCCUGUUAGGAUCAGUAUGAUAUGUCUUAAAAAUGGUAUUGGACGCAUGAAUUCAGUGUGAAUGCAGCAACCGCUGUUCAAUAAAACUCCUCUUUUCCAUCUACUCUCCAGUUGGGUAAGGCAGGCACAAAGACUGAAAUGACCAUAGUCAAAGCAUGAUUUAAUGACUUGCAGGUUUUUGCUUGAAGGACUUCUUAAGUAGUCUUGGAUAUAUGUGCAAUUAGUGAAAUUUAGUAGUUGAAUAAGUUGUAGAUUUAAGAGAAUUUUGUAGGUUAUCUUGCUCACUAUCUUACUUUUAUACAUAAUAAUACUAAGGUCCCAAAAGAUUAAAAGACAUAUAUUGUUGCUUACUUAGUUGCUGGAGUUCACAACAAGUUAAAAUAUCUUACUUUGAUAAUUUAUCAAAACAAAUUUAUUUGCCUGAUUUUUCUGUCCCCACUAAAUUGUAUAGGCAGGCACUUCUGCACCUUGUAUCUCUGCUUGGCACAGUUGAAAAGUGAAAUAUCCAAAGAUACACUACUUUACCAUAUAUUAGCUCAUUCAUUCAAACACUUUUUGAGGACUUGCCAGGUUUUAGCUACGGAGAUAGAUACUGGGAACAAAAAGCAAACCAAAGGCACUCUCCUCUCUCAAGGAACUUAAGGGGAGACAGAAUUGUAAGCACAGCACAUAAACCAAGAGUAUGUGAAAAGUGACAUGAUAGGAAGAAGUGGCAUGAGCAACAACCCUGCCUGGAAAGAUUAGAGAGGCUUCUCAGAGGAGGUGCUUGAAAUUGUUUAAAAGACAGAAAGAAUUGUAGGCAAAAGGGCUCCAAAUGACUGUAAAGUACCCCUGCAGGAAGGGAUCCAUGAGGGGAGUGGAAGGAAACGGGGCUGGGAGGCAGGGCCCACCUCCAGUGGGCCUUGUUCUUGGAGUUUGAACAUUUUCCAGAAAGCUAUGAAGAGCCACUGCUAUAUUCAAGCAAGAGAGCAAUAAGAUUCACAUUUGUUUCUUUAAAAAACAUUCCAUGAUGAGAUGCUUCAAUAGGAAAGUUUGGACCAGCAUUGUGUUGGGUGUUGGUGAUACAAUAAUGAGUAAGAUAAAAUGGCCCUGCCCUUCUGGAGCUUAUAUUCUGGUUCAAGUAAGAAACACUAAGGGUCUAAAUUAUGGUAGCAGCAGUGGGAUUAUAUAGAAGGAAAUGGAUGUUGUAAUAAUAAUGACAAUAACAGCUAGCUAUUAAGAGUAAUAGUAGUGCCUAUUCCCAUUUAUUGGACGCUUCCCACAUGCCAGGCACUAAACACUUCACAUGUACUGUCCCUGUUCACUCUCCACAAUAGCCGGAUGAGGUCAGUACUAUUAUUUUUCCUGCUUCACUGAUGAGGAAACAGAGAGAUUAAUUGAAUAUUUAAUUGCAGUUUCUAUAUCUGGUAAGCGGCAGAACUGGAAUUUGCAUGGGAUUAAAAAAAAGCUCACCUUUACUGAGCUUGUACUACAUACCCAGCAUUACUCUAAGUGCUUUUAUGUAUACUAACAUGUAAUCCUUACAACAACCCAAUUUUACAGAUGAGAAAACCAAAUCACAGAGUUUAUGAUUUUGCCCAGCAUUUUUGCAGUUGUUAAUAAAUUGUGAACCUAUGCUCUUAACCACUUUGCUAUGCUACCUAAUUCUAAAAUCAAUUCUUUAAGGAAUAUGUAACUUUGCCUCCUAAGUGUCAGGAGAGUGAGGAAGAGGAAGAAAUCUAGGAUUACUUACAUUAUGAUUGGGGACUGCCACAGAUGGUAGAGUCAUCAAUCAAGUCAAAGAAUGUAGGAUGAUUUGCUUUCAUUCACCCCUAACUCCAGAUGCCUAUGUCCACCUGCUUCCUUGAUUUCUUCGUUUGGAUAUUAGGAUACAAGGUCAGCUGCAGUGAAAGGUAUCUAGAGUAACCAUGGCAGAUUAUAGAAGUUAGUAGCUGUCUCACACCAAAGUUCACUGGUAUACAAACUGUGACUCAGGAAGUCCUCAGGGACACAUCUUAUUGCUCUAGCUCACAACCCCACCACAUUCCAAUCAUCAGAAAGUGACAAAGGGAAAGGAGCAUCUCAUUUCUUUAGAGUAUGAUCUGGAAGUUGCUCACAUCAUUUCUGCUCACAUCUCACUAGCCAGAACUUAGUGACAUGGCCACACUUAGAGAGUUUAUUACAGGCAACUGUGUAUCUGGCUAGAUAUUCCAUUAUCAUGAAUGAAGAGUAGAGUGCAUAUUAGCACUAGCAAUCAGUCUGUACUACAGAGAUACAGACAUCUCAAAUUUAACAUUUGCAAAAACCAAUUCCUGCUUAUUCUUCCAAAACCUGCUUCUCUCCACAAUUAUCCACAUCUUAGUUAAUGAUGAAAAAUGGGACACAGUCAGCAGCUCAAUUUCAGACGUGGAUGAAUUUGAGGUGCCUGUAGGAUAUUCAAUACAAAUUUUCAAUAAGGGGCUGAAGAUACAUGUCUCAAGUUUCUGAGUGAGGUCAGUGUUCAAGACUCAGAUUUCAUUCCUGACUUAUGUAAGUGAUAGAGAAAGAGUAUACAUAAACAGUUCUGUGAGAGACUGUAAUAAUGGCGGGUGAAGAGAACCAAAAGCAGAGAGGACAAGCAUUCUGUAAAGAAGACUUGAGAAAGAGUGGUCCAAGACACAGAAGAUGGAGAAUUCAGGGUGAUGGAAACCAAGGGAGCAGCUUCCAGUAGAUAGUGGUUAGUAGUGUGGAAAGCUGCAAAGUGGUCAGAUACCAUGAAAAUUGAGAAGCAACUUUUAAAUUUGAUCAUUAUGCCAUUACUGACAUUAAUACUAGCAAUGUAUAUAUUGAUAGAAAACGGGGGCACAUGCUAAAUUUCAGUAGUUGAAGAGAGACUUGGAAGGAAAUGGCAAUCUGAUAGCUUUUCCAAACAGAAAGGACAAAGUUAAUAGGAGAAUUAAUGAACAGGAGAGGGAAUGACUGAGGGAUUAAGUCUUGAGGAGCACCUCUCUCCAUAUAUAUAUAUAAUAUAUAUAUUAGCUGUAGAAAGGAAGAAAGAUGGCUCAUACUUUAGGACAGGAGAUCAGGGGGAGUACAGAUUUCGGUAAUCUGUAGGAAUAAGGGUGAAGGUGUGAAGGAGUUAAUGCCUGAAGUCCGUAAUGAUAAACAAUGAUACAGAUAAUGCUAAUAUCUCUACAGCUAUUACUAAGCACUAACAUUUACUGAGCACUUGUCAUAUGCCAGGUAAUGUUUUUCAUGGAAUUAAUUUUGCUACAACAGUUUUUCUUAAAUACUGAGAGCUACUCAUAUACUGAAAGCCUAGUCUUUUUCAAUAGUUGAGUGUGUAACAUUUUGAUGCAACCUAAAUAUAGCAACAGUAACUUUUAUCCCACCAUAUCCGACCAUUUUUUGUUCCAUUCUUUCAGCUUCUUCCUGAUCCCAGGGGCAUGCUGGUAAUAAAAAAUUGUGUUUUUGCAUUUUGAUUCAUCUCUUGUGACUCACAUCAAAAAGAAAUCUUGAGCAACAAAACAGCCUUGUUGAAAAACCAACUUCAUCAGCAAUUUGAGGCAAACUGUUCCAUAAAAUCUGUUGGGUUACCCUGAAAUAAAUUUCAUUUUGCUGGUGAUUUCCUCUUGGACUGUGAGUUCUUGAGGGCAAGGAUAGGGAUUGUUGAUCUUUUAUUGUUUUCCAAAGCCUGGCACAGUUCUGGGUAAAUAGUAGAAGUUCAAAGUUUGUUAAAGGAAUUAAUGCUAAAAAAAAUAAACUGCUCCUUUCUCUUUAUACCUGAAAUGAGAAACUUAGGAACUACUGGGUCUCAUUUUGCCUACAAUAGUCUAACAAAUUCACUACUUAACUUGGUAGCUACUAAGUUGUUUUUCUGGUAAAACGUACCUGAAGAAAAAUAUGGGUUUGACUUGGGAAAAAAAAUUAUUCAUAAAAACUGAUAUAUAUGGAGAUGGAACACUAUUAGUAUGGUAAGGAUUCCUGACAAUGUUCCAUACUGGUAAUUUUUACCAGCAAACAUUUUGAAAUUUGAACAUGGACAAGGCAAACAGCACAGUGGGUUCUUGAAACAAGUCUGACACUAGCAUCACACAAAAGAAUGCCUAUUUAAUAUUAACGAGCUAAAAGGGCUAUGGGUAAUUUCUCCAGAUUUCAAGGAGGAAUUGGGAUCCUCUUUGAUCUUAGUAAAGAACUGGCAUUUAACUGACAUUUAAUUAAGAGGUUUAUUUCUCUUGUCUUUAAUUUUCUUGGAACUCAUGGUUUUCUGCCACAUUUGAUAUACCAGGUUAUUACAAAAAAUAAUUACAUUUAAUUAUUCAGACAAUUUUUACUUAAGAGGAAGUAGAAUUGCUAAAAGAAUCUUCGUAUGCUAGAUAUUGUAGUAAUAUUUUACUUUACUCUAAUAAAGUCUUUAAAGAUUUACACUUGCCUAUUUUGAUAAUAUGCAAAGAUAAAUCCUUAAGAGACUGAUUUUAACUACUCUCUCCCAUAAAAGAUAACUGCAAAGUUUCCAAAUGAGAAUCUGUAAUGGAAGAAAAUGAAAAAAGAAUAAGGAACUGAGUUAAAAUUGGGUAUGCUUUAAUACUGUCAUUUAUCAUCAGUUGUCCUAGAAUAAUUUAAAUUCCACUAGCCUAUUUUUUUUUAGUUGGGAAGUAUAUAUAUGUAUAUACAUAUAUACAUAUAUAUGACUAUAUAGAAAAGAUGUUCUAAGAAUAACAGCUAAAUUCACUAUGUAUUAUUGAUAUAAAAAGUUUGAAUACUAGUUGAAUGGGAUCUCAUACAGUAUUCUAUGGAUUUAUCAGCAAAAGCUGAAAACCGUAAGGAUAUGGAUUGUUAGAGACCCCAUUACAGCUUUGCUAGUAAGUGUUGCAGAGCCAUAAAAAAAUCCUUUUAAAUAAGAUGAUGACCUUGGUGCUAAAUAUGAAGGCGCACGGCUUUAAAUGGAUUCAGUCGUCAUACGGAUCAGAAUUAGCCUGUAUCCAGCUGGGGUCAACUAAGGGGCCACUUUCUCUUUAUCGACAACCUACUGAAGGUCAAAAUUGCAGGAGACAGGCUUUCACCUUCAUGUAAACUAGUGACACAUCGUGUGUUGGCAAAAGUCCUAAGCAGAUGACCUUGGUCCCCUGAAAGCUGGUCCGCAUUCUUGGGCUACCUCUGCAAUGUUUACAAAGCAGCUCAGGGCUUCUUUGGGAUCGGACCCUUAGAAUAUGGAGUGUUCUGCCCCACCGCGGGGCUGGCAGCUAUCAAAGCCCCCUUGGCGCAAUUUCGGAGCCGAUUCAUUCCCCAACAAAAUCGGGAGCGUCCAAGUUCAGGUUAAAAAUCUGUAAGAGCCUGAUUUUAGAAUUCACCAGCUCCUCAGAAGUUUGGCGAAAUAUGAGUUAUUAAACCUACGCUCAGAUCAAGUUAGCAGCUAGACUGGUGUGACAACCUGUUUUUAAUCAGUGACUCAAAGCUGUGAUCACCCUGAUGUCACCGAAUGGCCACAGCUUGUAAAAGAUCAUCAGGAGAACCUCAGUCUGACGACAUUGAAGCUAGCCGAAUGAAGCGAGCAGCUGCAAAACAUCUAAUAGAACGCUACUACCACCAGUUAACUGAGGGCUGUGGAAAUGAGGCCUGCACGAAUGAGUUUUGUGCUUCCUGUCCAACUUUUCGUCGUAUGGAUAACAAUGCAGCAGCUAUUAAAGCCCUUGAGCUUUAUAAGAUUAAUGCAAAACUCUGUGAUCCUCAUCCCUCCAAGAAAGGAGCAAGCUCAGCUUACCUUGAAAACUCUAAAGGUGCCCCUAACAACUGCUCUGACAUGAAAAUGAACAAGAAGGAUGGACAAGGAGCAAGAGAUGAUUUUAAAGAUGUGACUUACCUAACAGAAGAGACGGUUUAUGAAAUUCUAGAAUUAUGUAGAGAGAGGGAGGAUUAUUCCCCUUUAAUUCGUGUUAUUGGAAGAGUUUUUUCUAGUGCUGAGGCAUUGGUACAAAGCUUUCGGAAAGUCAAACAACACACCAAGGAAGAACUGAAAUCUCUUCAAGGAAAGGAUGAAGACAAAGAUGAAGAUGAAAAGGAAAAAGCUGCAUGUUCUGCUGCAGCUAUGGAAGAAGAUUCAGAAGCAUCUUCCUCAAGGAUAAGUGAUAGCUCACAAGGAGAUAACAACUUACAAAAAUUAGGUCCUGACGAUGUGUCUGUGGAUAUUGAGGCCAUUAGAAGGGUCUACACCAGAUUGCUCUCUAAUGAAAAAAUAGAAACUGCCUUUCUCAAUGCACUUGUGUAUUUGUCACCUAAUGUGGAAUGUGACUUGACGUAUCACAAUGUAUACUCCCGAGAUCCUAAUUAUCUGAAUUUAUUCAUUAUUGUCAUGGAGAAUAGAAAUCUCCACAGUCCUGAAUAUCUGGAAAUGGCUUUGCCACUGUUUUGCAAAGCAAUGAGUAAGCUACCCCUUGCAGCCCAAGGAAAACUGGUCAGACUGUGGUCUAAAUACAGUGCAGACCAGAUUCGGAGAAUGAUGGAAACGUUUCAGCAACUUAUUACAUACAAAGUCAUAAGCACUGACUUUAACAAUCGAAAUCUAGUGAACGAUGAUGAUGCUAUUGUUGCUGCUUCCAAGUGCUUGAAAAUGGUUUACUAUGCAAAUGUAGUGGGAGGGGAAGUGGACACAAAUCAUAAUGAAGAAGAUGAUGAAGAGCCCAUUCCUGAGUCCAGUGAAUUGACACUUCAGGAGCUGUUGGGAGAAGAAAGAAGGAACAAGAAAGGUCCUCGAGUGGACCCACUAGAAACUGAACUUGCUGUUAAAACUCUGGAUUGUCGAAAACCACUUAUCCCUUUUGAAGAGUUUAUUAAUGAACCACUGAAUGAUGUUCUAGAAAUGGAUAAAGAUUAUACUUUUUUCAAAGUAGAAACAGAGAACAAAUUCUCUUUUAUGACAUGUCCCUUUAUAUUGAAUGCUGUCACAAAGAAUUUGGGAUUGUAUUAUGACAAUAGAAUUCGCAUGUACAGUGAACGAAGAAUCACUGUUCUCUACAGCUUAGUUCAAGGACAGCAGUUGAAUCCAUAUUUGAGACUCAAAGUCAGACGUGACCAUAUCAUAGAUGAUGCACUCGUCCGGCUAGAGAUGAUUGCUAUGGAAAAUCCUGCAGACUUGAAGAAACAGUUGUAUGUGGAAUUUGAAGGAGAACAAGGAGUUGAUGAGGGAGGUGUUUCCAAAGAAUUUUUUCAGCUGGUUGUGGAGGAAAUCUUCAAUCCAGAUAUUGGUAUGUUCACAUAUGAUGAAUCUACAAAAUUGUUUUGGUUUAAUCCAUCCUCUUUUGAAACUGAGGGUCAGUUCACUCUGAUUGGCAUAGUACUGGGUCUGGCUAUUUACAAUAACUGUAUACUGGAUGUACAUUUUCCCAUGGUUGUCUACAGGAAGCUAAUGGGGAAAAAAGGAACUUUUCUUGACCUGGGAGACUCUCACCCUGUUCUAUAUCAGAGUUUAAAAGACUUACUGGAGUAUGAAGGGAAUGUGGAAGAUGAUAUGAUGAUCACUUUCCAGAUAUCUCAGACGGAUCUUUUUGGUAAUCCAAUGAUGUAUGAUCUAAAGGAAAAUGGUGAUAAAAUUCCAAUUACAAAUGAAAACAGGAAGGAAUUUGUCAAUCUCUAUUCUGACUACAUUCUCAAUAAAUCAGUAGAAAAACAGUUCAAGGCUUUUCGGAGAGGUUUUCAUAUGGUGACCAAUGAGUCUCCUUUAAAGUACUUAUUCAGACCAGAGGAAAUUGAAUUGCUUAUAUGUGGAAGCCGGAAUCUAGAUUUCCAAGCACUAGAAGAAACUACAGAAUAUGACGGUGGCUAUACCAGGGACUCUGUUGUGAUUAGGGAGUUCUGGGAAAUCGUUCAUUCAUUUACAGAUGAGCAGAAAAGACUCUUCUUGCAGUUUACAACGGGCACAGACAGGGCACCUGUGGGCGGACUAGGAAAAUUAAAGAUGAUUAUAGCCAAAAAUGGCCCAGACACAGAAAGGUUACCUACAUCUCAUACUUGCUUUAAUGUCCUUUUACUUCCGGAAUAUUCAAGCAAAGAAAAACUUAAAGAGAGAUUGUUGAAGGCCAUCACUUAUGCCAAAGGAUUUGGCAUGCUGUAAAAAACAAAAAAAGGGGGGGGGGAGAAAAAAAUUUAAAAUUUUAAUAAAUAUAACAAGAGGGAUAAAAUUGGUGGUGAUAGUGACCCAGUACAAAAAGGCUGUAAAAUAGUGAACCACAGUAGUCACCUAUGUCUGUGCCUCCCUUCUUUAUUGGGGAUAUGUGGGCUGGAACAGCAGAUUUCAGCUACUUAUAUGAACAAAUCCUUUAUUACUAUUAUUAUUUUAUUUUAUUUUUUUUUUGCGUGAAAGUGUUACUUUUUCUUUCACUUGUAUGUACAGAGAGGUUUUUCUGAAUAUUUAUUUUAAGGGUUAAAUCACUUUUGCUUGUGUUUAUUACUGCUUGAGGUUGAGCCUUUUUGCAUAUUUAAAAAAUAUAUACCAACAAACUACUCUCCCAAGGAAAAUAUUGCCACCAUUUGUAGACCAUGUAACCUUCAAGUAUGUGCUAUUUUUUUGUCCCUGUAUCUAACUCAAAUCAGGAGCUGUAUUUUUUUUUUUUUUAAACAAUUUGCUUUUGAAACUUGAAGUCUUGAAAACAGUGUGAUGCAGUUGCUGCUGUUCUAGUCCCCAAAGAGUUUUCUGUGCAAAAUCUUAAAAUCAAUAAAGAUGGAAGGGAGAACUUGGAAUGUUUAACUGCAGCCCUCAGAACUUUACUUUAGUAACAGCACAACAAAUUAAAAACAACUCAUGCCACAGUAUGUCGUCUUCAUGUGUCUUGCAAUGAACUGUUUCAGUAGCCAAUCCUCUUUCUUAGUAUAUGGAAGGACAGGGAUUUGUUGUUGUCGUCACUGUUGUUGUUGUUGUUUUAAGUUUACUGGGGAAAAGUGCAUUUGGCCAAAAGAAAUGGUAGUCAAACCCUUUGCAAGAAAGGUAGGAAGUUUGUUGUUUAUUAUAAACAUAAAGCAUGUGAAAGUGCACUUAAAAUAAAUUUUUUAUUAAUUGCUUAUUACCCGCAUUUUAAAUAGACAAUCCAAAGUCUUCCCUUCAUGUUGCCAUCAUCUUAUCUAAUCAGCCAUUUUAUCAAGGCACAUGAUCAGUGUUGGAACAUAAUGGAAAGGAUGGCUACUGUGCCUUGUUUUACCUAAUCAUACAGUAAGCAGAGACCUGGAAGUGAAUGGAACUAUUACUCUUAAGUCCUAUUUACAUUGUCUAUCCCCAAAGAUUAAAGUUUAUUUCAAAAAGUAAGUGUUAAAUAAUACUUUCAUGUACUAUGGAAAAGUACAGGUUGGUUUAAAUUACUGGACAUUCAGAAGUAAGUAGUUUCUUCCCCUUUCUAGUCUUCUGUGUCUGUGUUGUUAAUUUCUUUUAUUGCAAUAUAAAAUAAAAGGAUUAUGUAUUUUUAACUGAGAAGAGACAUAUUGAUAUAUCCUUUUACUACAAGUUACAGCUAAUGUGCUGAGCUUGUGCCUCGAUGAUUGUUUUAACUGACUAUGACAGAUCAAUUUGAUGAUUUGUUUGAAAUUGGCAGGAAGAAUACAGCUUUCAAAUCAUUGGAGGGGGAAAGAGGAUGUCUUUAAGAAUUAUUUUAAUUCUUUUAGUAAUUGAGACUUAACUGUUAUGUACCAUAAUGCUAAAUAAAAGUGACAUUUUUCACCAUAAUUUAGUGGAAAAAGAAGACAUUGCUUUCCAUAUUGUGAUAAAGUAACAUGGGGUUUUUCUGGGCCAGCCUUUAGAACACUGUUAAGGUAUAUACACUACCUUGAUGCAAGGGACCCUCAUGCUACUACAGUCAUCUUAAAAGGCCUCUCAUUCCUGUGCUUCUUGUGUAUAAUGAAAGUGAGAAUAAGAGAAAUCAAAUACUCUGGGGGCGUUUUGUAUAAUAAAUUCAUGAAGAAAUUUGUGUUCUUUGGUUCUCAAGUUUUAUUAUCACUACAGUUUUGAAGUUCUACAGUUGUAAUAAUAUCUGUGU